AUGAGACUUCUCAACACAUCAACCCUAGAAAUACAAGAGUUCGGUCAUAUUAUCCCGCAUUAUGCUAUCCUUAGCCACACUUGGGAGAAGGAUGAGGUCCUCUUCCACGACAUGAUCAAUGGAACCGCCCACAAAAAGGCGGCAUACAGUAAAGUUCUGGGCUGUUGCCGUCUAGCGAAGGAGAGAGGCUUGAAAUGGAUAUGGAUAGACACCCUGUGUAUCGAUAAGACGAGUUCCUCAGAACUCUCUGAGGCCAUUAACUCCAUGUACAGGUGGUACGAGGGGUCUACAAUAUGUUUCGUCUAUCUCUGGGAUGUGUACGACAAGCCUGACCACGCAAGUCUUUCCCGGUGGCCGGUAAGAACGUCCGAUGUCCGUCGAAGUCGGUGGUUUACCAGAGGGUGGACUCUGCAGGAGUUGAUCGCGCCGAGUUACAUCGAAUUUUACACGUUCGACUGGGUGGAGAUGGGAACGAAGAGGAGCCUAGAGAGACAGAUAUCUGAACGGACAGGCAUCCCGCGGCAAGUCCUCCGCGGGGAAAGCCCACUAGUACAUAAUGUUGCUGAACGAAUGUCCUGGGCGUCCAAGCGAGUGACAACAAGAGAUGAAGACAUGGCAUAUUGUCUGAUGGGGUUCUUUGGUGUGAAUAUGCCGCUGCUAUAUGGAGAAGGUAGCAAGGCCUUUCUCAGACUGCAAGAACAAAUCUUGAAGCAAGAAGACGAUUACACGAUAUUCAUGUGGUUCCAAUCACAAGAUUCCACGACAUAUCGUCAUUCUCCACUUCGAGGAGCUUGGUGCUCAUCUCCGGCAGAUUUUGUUAGAUCCAGCAAACCCGAUAAUGUUUCCAGCAAGAGAAUAUAUCCUGCACUGGAAUCGCCACAAACUGCCAUCAUAGAAAGGCUAUCCCGGAAAUUGCCUGAGCACAAUUUUGAGGCGCACUGCAUGUUAGACUACUCAAAGGUCUACCAAGUUCCGACUCACGAGAUUGAGCAAAAUUUUGGGGCUUACGAGCCUCCAAUUCUUGCCAGCCGUGGGAUACAAAUAAGCCUCCCGCUCAUGGAAAUAGAGAACGUUGACGCAGGUGAUACCUCGUUGAUACGGUACGAAGAGUGUUCCGGAUCUCUCUGGCUCGCUUGGACUUGCUGUAAGAUCGAGAAUCGCCUCCUAUGCUUGGUUCUGGACUCCUCCGGGGCCCAUUGUCGGCUUGAUUCUAGGGCCGUUCCCCACUGCCUGAUCAGUGUUGACGAGUCACUCGAGAAAGAAUUCACAAUGAGGCAAUUCGAACUACGUCCCAGCGGCUCAGUCCAAUUGAAACAAGACCUUGAAUUUGCUCGAAAUCCUCAGUUCACAUCUUUCAAUGUCGAGCCCAAGACAAACCACAUCAGCAUUGAUAUUAGUCACCCAAUACCAGCGGCGGGAUUUCACGUGUUUCCUAAAAAUGAGGACUUUAUUCUGGUGCUAGGGUGCAGUUUUUCUUUGGGCCAAGGAAAGACAUACUUCCAAAUAUCCUGCGGGGUGAGCGAUGGGCAGCAUUGGUGUACGUUUGAUGAGGAAUCCACCAGCCCCCUUACGACAACUCAUCAGCGAUAUGACGACCUUCACAGCCAAGCAAAGGCAUAUUUUUUGCAAUUCUCCGACCGGGCAGCCGUAGCAUCGACUUCUGGAGUCCAAGGAUUAAUACUGACUGCGGCGAUGAGGAGAGCAUCAGCUCACACGUACCAACUUGACAUUGGCUCAACCAGGGUGGGAGAGGAGCCGGCCUGGGUGAAGUUGUGCUUGUCUGGGGAUUUAGUAGAUUCCUCACGGUGA